UCAGUGUUUGUAAACAUAAUAAGUUUUCCAAAAAACUGGCUCAUUAAACUACACCAAAAAAUACGUUCGUAAAUAUCGAAAAGUUCUAAUACAUACCAGCAAAUGGACAAACUUUAAAGUUCAAAAGAUUCAAUAUAUAAACUUUAUGCACUUAUCAUUUUUAAUAUUCAAUAACUGGAAACAGAUGCUAAAAAAUAAAUCCUAAAAGCAUUUAAAUGAGUUAAAAUUUAUUAUUUGAAGGUACCAUAAUUUUCUACCUCAGUGUAAUUUAAAUUGUUCAUCAUUAUGGCUGUUAUGCAACUUCCUGCUGAAAGUUUAGAGCAUAUCUUUUGUUUCUUGGACGGAAAAUCUUUUUCUAAAGUUAAAGAAGUGUGUAAAUCAUGGAGUGCAAUAAUAAAAGAAAUGCAGUCAAAAAGAAAAAUAUGGAAGCAAUUUUGUCUGCAGGAAAUCCCCUAUUAUAUUACUGCAGAAAUACUGUUUUUCAAGACUGUUCCUCAUGAUGAUGCAUUUUUGAAUUGGUCUUUGCUCUAUAAAAAGUGGUACAGAAGUAGAAUGGUGAUGAAAGCUCCUUAUACAUUUAAAAGUAUUCAGACUUCUCCUAAAAAUCAAUCCUCUAUCACAUGUCUUAAAUUAUCAGGGUCUUGGAUAAUAACUGGACAUAGUAGCGGUCAUCUAUGUAUUUGGAAUCAACAAACAGGAGAGUUAUGGCAAAGAUGUCUUUGUCAUUUGAAAGCAAUUGUUGAUAUAGCAUUGAUUGAUCUCAUCAAUCUGGGCUCUUAUUAUGGAUCUGAUGAUCUCCCAUGGGAUCACCACCAUGCAAUUACUAUUUCCAAAGACACAUAUAUUCAAGUAAUAUCUUUGUUAGAGAGAAUUUCAACUGAUAAAAUAAAUCACCUAAACUACCAUGGUGCAGAUUUGACUGCAAUCAGAGUAUUUGAUUCUACAUUUGCUGUAAGCUCAUCUGAUAAUACAGUUUCUGUCUGGGGAAUGAAACUAAAUAGAAAACCUUUCUUUCACUUACAUACAACACUAUUAUAUAGAAUUAUUGGUCCACCAGAUAUCUUACUUAACUUAGGACUGUGGUUUGACCAAAUUCAGUGCAUAUCUUACAGUGGAAAAGUGAGAGCCUAUGACAGAAAAAGAGAUGAAUGGUCAGAAUUAGCAUGUUUGAAAAAUACUUAUGUUAAUGCAACUAGUCAUAAAUUAGUAACUGUGACAAAAUCAUUUAUUUUCCGAAAUCAAACUGCUAUCAUGUUUACAAGUGAUGGCAGAAUGGUUAUUUCAGUGGAUGAUAAAUUCAAUAACCAGUAUUAUUUAAUGAGAACUUUGCAAACACUAAUAAUUAGUGUAGCUCUGAGAGGAACGCUUUUAGUGCUUGGUGGAGAAAAUGGUAAAAUAUAUGUUUUUUAUAUUCCGGAAACAAAACAUCUCCUGAAACUGAACUUGUCAAAUCCAUCUUUUAUUCUUAGACUAAGUGAAGCGUCUAUUACAUCUUUGGAUAUUGUAUAUAGUGUAGAAUCUCCAAUUAUUUUAGCAGGAACAAAUGAGAGUUUUUAUGUUGUAAAAUGGUACUCAGCUGUUAGUUCACAUCAAGAAAUUAAAAAGAGAUCUCUAAUUCCUAACUGUUAACUAUCUGUUUAUUUAAAAAAAUUGUGAUUUUUAAAAAGUCUUUAAAAAUAUAAUACAUUCCUUUUUUUUAAGCAAAAUGUUUUAAAUAAA